AGUCCCACAUUGCAAAACUCUUUUUCCAGUCAUCGGCUGAGAGUCACACAUAUACAUAUUGCGUACAAACACGCGCACGCCUCCGCAGUAAGAUGCGACGACGCCGUUGCACGUCGGUGAGGCCCCAGUACCAGACGGACACUGAAAGUGAAAGCGAUCCAGACAGCACGGAGGAGACGAUGAGGUGCAUAUCCUGCCAGGAAGACUACGGCGCACGUGACGCCGGCACAUGCAAGGAAUGCUACGAGGAGGCCAACGAGACGGAAGAGGAGCUCAAGCGUGAGAUCGAAGAUCUCAAAGCCAAGGUUGCUUUCCUCAAGUUUUGGUCCCCAAUCGAUCCCCAUCACCACCACUCCAGUAGGUCCCACCCACCUUGCUUCUCCGACAUCGUUUUGGUCGCCUCCGAGGAUGCCACCGGUGGCUCCGCCGUGCCUGUGCCGGCUCAUAAGGCCGUUCUGGUAAGUCGUUCCCCAGUGUUCAGAGCCAUGCUUGAGAAUGAGAUGGAAGAAAGCCUGAGUGGCACUAUCAAGAUUGGUGAUGUAUCAUAUGAUGCCCUUCGUGCAUUUGUUAACUAUUUGUACACAGCUGAGGCAUGCCUUGAUGAACAUAUGGCAUGUGAACUUUUAGUAUUGGCUGAGAAAUAUCAGGUGAAGCAUCUUAAGGCCUAUUGCGAAAAGUUUCUGGUGUCCAAACUUAACUGGGACAAUUCAGUUAUGAACUAUGCAUUUGCACACCAGCACAAUGCCAAACAUAUGCUAGAUGCAGCCUUGUCAUUGAUCACUGACAACAUGGACAAGCUUACUAAACGCGAGGAGUAUAUGGAGCUUGUCGAGAAAGAUCCCCGACUUGUAGUGGAAAUAUAUGAAGCUUAUCUCUCAAAACAGGACAAUACAGCAGCCCAUAAGGAUCCUAGCUAGACAACAUGGAUGUCCAAUGAUGGUUUCUUGUCAUGCUGAUCUGAAGCAGCGAUUAUUCAGUGUGGUAUAUGAGUUCCUGGUCAGUUUUCCUUGUGGAUGAGAUUUUAAUUGUAGAUGGAAAUUUUGUUAUACAUAUCAAGUUUCACAUUAGGGGUAUAUGGUACAAAGACUGGAUCUGUAUAGGUUUUUUGAAUAUUGUUUCUUAUGAGCGUUCUGCUGGAGUUUCUUUGUUCCUGCAUCCGGCUUAUAUCAGUCAACUCAGAUUGAUGAGCUAUGCGUUUUAAUUUUAAUUGAUUACAAGACUGGAAAUUGUUAUCA